AAGGCUGUGAUUGGCUCUCAGUUUUUAUUGUCAAAUCAUUCACUGAUUUUUUUUGUCAAUUCAAUUGUCAUUUGAUUUUUGAACUCAAAGUCUGUUGUCAUCUGUUUUUGUAUUAAUUGUCACCAAAAACAAGACAAUCAAUCGCUUGAAUGGGUAAUCAACAGCCGGGCGGCGGAGGAGGCGGUGGUCGCGGAAGUGGUGGCGGCGGAGCACCGGGUGGUGGACAGGGAGGAGGCGGUGGGGGCGGCGGUCAAGACGGCACGGGU